AUGUCACUGGUUAGAACUUAUCCAUCGAAUGUUUCAAACUCAUCCAAUACUUCGAAGUACAUAGAGUUGCAACUACAGCAUGAUCGGUUAUUUAAGCAACUAAGCUAUGGACACAUAAAUUAUGACAUUGAUGAUUUGAAUGAAAUGAGACAAACCAUUUACAUAAAUCAGAUGCUUAAACAUAAUAUUAGAAUUAAUCAUAUCAUGAGUCUAGAAAGAUCACGGUAUAAGAUGUGUCCAAUACAAAGUCUGGCAACUCUGAUGUUUGAUCAAGACCUGGUACGAAAUACAAAUUUAUUAUCUGCCAAUAGUAAAUUGAAUUCGGAUAAAAUCGAAUAUGUAACAAAAUAUCGAUUAGUUGAUUGCAAGCUUGUUAAAAAUCAAGUAACUUCUAGCAUAAAAAAGCCAUCAUCAUCAUCAUUAUCAAUAAAAGAACGACUAAAACAACUACUUGAGAAAAAACCAAAUGAAACAAACUCAUGUACCUCGAGUCAAGUGGAACCAAGCCUGGAAUUGAAACAUGCCCAUCGUGAGUUUUUGAGACAUGAACUACAACGAAUGAGAACCUCAAUACCUUGA